GCAGCAGAAGAAGAAUUAGUUCCACUGUUUCUAGGACAGAUUAAACAAGUGCAGUUUUGUGCAAAAGAUUUUAACAUACUAGAGUUAAGUGCACUUUUGUGUAAACGGUUUCAAUAUAUCAUAUGUAGUGUUUUUCCCCUCUUAUUAGCAAAACCAGGGGGGAAAAAAGUCAACUAACUUUCCAUAAAACGACUAGGCUGACUCAGGCUAGCUAGUUAGCUGGCUAUUAGUUAACAUUUAAAGUUAGCCAGGUUAGCUAACCUAGCUGUCAUCGAGUGCAGUAACGCAAAAUUUAGGGGCCAAAAACAUGUCGGUCCAUUUUGAGGAGAGAAGCGGUGUAAUCCCUUGCAAGACGCCUUGGGGUUCAUGGUACCAAACCAUGGACGAGGUCUUCAUUGAAGUAAACGUACCCUAUGGAACAUCUGGAAAAGAAGUGAAAUGCAAUUUGGGGUCUAAACAAAUCGAGCUGCAGGUCAAGGGAAAAGAAAUGAUCAAGGGGAAGUUAUUUGGCACAACUGUUUCUGACGAGGGGACAUGGACAUUAGAGGAUAAGAAUUUAAUUCGCAUUGUUCUGAUGAAGACCAACAGAGAAGCAGGGAACUGUUGGGCAUCAUUGUUGGAGGGGGAGUACAGUGCAGAUCCCUGGGUCCAGGACCAAAUGCAGAAGAAGCUGACACUUGAGAGAUUCCAGCGAGAGAAUCCUGGAUUUGAUUUCAGCGGUGCAGAGAUCUCUGGGAACUAUGGUGGUGGUGGACCAGAAUUCUCCAGCCAACAAAUGUGACGGCUGCAGUGAAGUGGAAAAACCUGCAAUGCAGGGUGCACUCUAAAGAACUUUCAAAUCCAAACCGAUUUUUGAAAACCGGGUAGACCGCACACAGAAGGACAGAUUUCACAAGUUUUUCAUCCGAACUUGACAAUUUAGGCCAAGACGGAAUAUCACACACUUAACAAUCAUACUAAUAAUCAACGGAUUUAAGAACUGUUUUAUUUCAAACUAGCAGUUGGAGGUAAUGCAACACUUUAACACCAACGGGCAUUAAAAAUCAGAGAAAAGGAAAAAGACUUGCAGAAACUCAAGUCUUGUGAUCCAACGUGACUCCAAAGGUUAACUAACAUGGAGGUUGACAAACAAAAUUUGUUGGGCUUGUGUGUGCAUUGUUUUGCAGGGUUUUUUUUAUUCAAUAAGAUUAAACAUUUUUAAAAACUUUGUUUGAA